AUGCACUGGAUGUCUGGAACUCUGUUUUGGGCUAAACACAAAGCCUCCCGCUCAACAGGAACAGCUAUCUACCUCGAGAACGAAAGAAGCACAAGACACAACCGGCGCCGCACAUGGUCCCUACCAACACGACCAGGCGACGCCUCCGAAACAUCAACAAUAAGCGAUAGAGGAGAAGGAGGAGGAGGCGCGCAUCUACACCGCGUCGAGUCAUACCAGGCAUACCCGCAGCUCCGGUGUAUUCGGUGCGGCGGCGUGCGUUCGCGCGACUACCACUAUCGCCACUUUGACGACCCCGAAAAGUACCCGUCUGUGGGUAUUUGCUCGCGCGAGCGCACGAGGUGUAUCUGGGCCAAGUCAAAUCCGGAGCCGGAGUUGAUGAAGAUGGCUGAUACUAAGGCUGUUACUGCGGCUGUUCCUGGGACUAGGGCGAAGACUGAUAAUAAGGCUGUUACUGGGACGAGGAUUGAGACUGUGUCACGGGCGGUGCAGGCGCCGCUGUUAGAUAUUCAUGAAUUACCAGAUACCUCUGCAGAUACAAUGGACACGAAAAGUUGUUGUUGA